AUGCUGAGGCUCUACGUGGGGGAUAAGCCACCUGGCCUUCACCAGAUGGCUCGGGAUGGUGCAUACGAGGCGAUUGUAAAAGCCCUACAAAAGGGCAAGAACAUCGGCAAGAAAGACAAGGAGGGCUGCACGCCCCUUCACAUCGCUGCACAAGCUGGUAGGAUCGAAAUCCUAAGGCUGUUGAUGGAUAAAGGAGCUGAUGUGGAAGCUGAGGAUGAGGCUGGGCUCACACCUUUGCACUACGCCUCUAUGUAUGGUCAGGUUGAGGUGGUGCAGGUGUUGUUGCGGCAGGGUGCAAAUGUGCUCAAGGAAGACAAGGAGGGCAGGAAAGCGAGUGGGGUGAUCUGCCAUGGAAUUCCAGACAGGCGUCGCCGCCACACAAUCUCCGGGCUGCUCAGCCUUGCAGAGAUGAAAGCGGAACAGGAGCGGCAACCAAGCCAAAAGGAUUGCCAAUUCCUGCAUUCCUUGCUGGAGCGCCGCCUGUGCCUGUGCUCCACGCCAUCCACCACACCGCUUUUGAGCACGGACGCCGGGAGCACGACUUCCGAAGCUUCUGGGAGCACGGGGUGCGCCAGCCGGUGCCAGACGCAGCACACGGAGUCAGACUCCCAGGAAGACGCCAUGGUUGAUAUUUACACCGGAUCCAGGUUCCUGAACAACGACGUCCGGCACAGCGCCUCUCACCUUCGCCUCAAAGAGCCCAUGCCUGGAAAGCACAACAUGGACAUUCCCUACGUGAACAUCUUUGGCGAUUAG